CCCCAUCCAAAAGCAAUGCGAAACCCAAUGUUGUUCUACUCUCUCAAUCGACUGAAUUCCUCCCUCCUCGUCUUUGUUCCUCACAUCUCACUCCGCCGAGCAUUCAUCGACGCCAAAAUCAAAUGGGUUCGAGACCCGUACCUCGAUUUCGUAGUUUCUAGAGAGAAAAAUCUCCUCCCUUGUCUCUCUCUUAAACACCUCCUUCUUUCUUCUCCGUCUUUCUCUCUCCCCAUCUCUCUUGCUUCCCUCCAUAAACCUCGCUUAAACCUCCCCUCACACACCACUUCACUCUACUUCUUCCAUAAAUACCCUUCUCUUUUCACUCUCUCUCCUCCUCUUGUCAAACUCACCCCUGAAUUUCUGGCACUUCAUAACGAAGAGCAAGAAAUCCAUGAUUCAGUGUUGCACAAAGAAUCCGCUGCUCUUAGGUUGGUUCAGUUGUUAAUGCUUACUCGAGCUUGUAGGAUACCUAUUAAUAUUCUUAAUGAUUUAAGAUUUGAUCUGGGUUUGCCUGAUGAUUAUUUGCUUGAUUUUGUUUCGUAUUUUCCUGAGUAUUUUAGGGUUUGCAGUUUAAAAUGUAGUGGGAAUAAUGGGGAAUUGGGUGGUAUGGAAGUUGGGUUAGAGUUGAUUAGCUGGAGGAAACAAUUGGGUGUGCCUGCCAUUUUGAAGAAAGUGUUUGGGGAUGAUUUGGGGUGUAAUAGCCAUAGGGGUAGAAUUGUUGAAUUCCCAAUGUGUUUCGCACCUGGGUUUGAUUUGGAGAAGAAGGCUAGGGAUUGGGUUGAAGAGUGGCAAUGUUUGCCUUACAUUUCUCCUUAUGAGGAUGCAUUUCAUUUGGCGCCACGAAGUGACCAAGCUGAGAAGUGGACAGUGGCUGUGCUCCAUGAGAUUCUCAGUCUUUUGGUCUCGAAAAAGACUGAAAUGAAGAAUAUCUUAAGAUUAGGAGAGUAUUUGGGGUUUGGGUUGAGGUUUAAGAAGGCAUUGUUUCGUCAUCCGGGUAUAUUCUAUGUUUCGAAUAAGAUCAAGACACAGACUGUGGUUCUUAAAGAAGCGUUUAGGAAAGAUGUUUUGCUAGAAAAUCAUCCCUUGAUUGGUAUGCGGCACCGGUAUGUUUACCUCAUCAACAAGUCCAGGAAAGGAAAGAAACGAGUGAAAUAUUUAAGUUCUGGCUCUUCUUUGCUGAUGAGUAGGUCUGAUUCUGACAAGAACGUCAAUCGUGCUUCUGAAAAAUAAGUAACGGGUAUUAACUUAGGGUGAUUUUAUCCCUCAGACCCAAACCCAACCUUCAGACCGCUCCAGACUACCAAUAUUCUUGCUCUUAGGCUAGAAUUGUGGAUGGACAGUGGCACUUCUGAUGAUAAUGGUUGGGUAUGGCCGUAUGGGGUAAGGUAAAGGCGGAGCCGUGGAGGGGUGGUGCAGAUUGAUUGAUAAUAUAUGUUCUUGCAAGAGCACUGAGCACUUGGUGUGGAAGAUGGCUAUUAAGAGAGAAAAGUAUGUUCUUUUUUAUCUGGAUAAUACAGCAUAUUACAUCCAGAUUCUAGGUUUUGUGCAAUGUGCUACCGCUUAUUGUAGAGCAUUGUUUAUGGGGGCCAAUUGUAUGAAGAUUAGGUGUUUGUUUGGUUGAAUAUAGGUAUUGUAAGUUAUUUGGAAAUUUAUUUUUUCAUCUAAUUAUGUUUUAAGAAUUGCUAAACGUUAUUUGGUUACCUAGGUCUCCAUCGAUAAGGUAAUUCCUUUCCUUUUGUGCAAUGUAGAAUUUACUAGUAAUUUUUUCUUCU